AGUGUCAGUGAUAAAAUGAACAAAUUUUCAGACAUAUGGAUAAACCCUAGUGGCAAGAUUUUAGGCAUGGCAGCAUCUCAUCUUCUUCUUCUCCCUCACUCAUUUCUUCAGCAAUCUCACUCUCUAAACUUCCACUCUUCUCUAACCCGCUUCAACAUUUCUCCACCCUUCUUUCUCCCCCAAACCCAUCUUUUAAAACCCCUGAAGUACCCUUGUGCUUCCACUAAUUCCACUUCAGACACCUCACCUGAGCCCCCAAAGCGCCGUGGCCGCAAAAAGGCCUCAUCUUCGACACCCAAGAAACCCGGAAGACCCAAGAAGAUACAGCCCCAAGAGAGUAACACAAUUGAGCUGAAUCAAGAAGAUGAAACAAGUGAAUUUGAUGAAGAAAGUGACAAUCUUGAUGAUGAUCUUUCGAUAUUCGAGAAUGAUGUACCGUUAGUUUGUUGUUUUGGGGCUGCACAGAAGGAAUUUGUGCCUACUGUCCGUGUAUCAGAUGAGCAAAUGCACCCGGAUAUCUAUGCUGAUUGGAAGAUGUUGCAGUGGAAUCCACCUGAGUUUGUGAGAGCGCCAGGUGGGCCACCUUCGAAUGUGGCAAUUUCGUUAGUGAGGUUAGGGGGAAGGGCUGCAUUUAUUGGGAAAGUUGGGGAGGAUGAUUUUGGGGAAGAGUUGGUUUUGAUGAUGAAUAAGGAGCAUGUGCAGACUAGAGGUGUUAAGUUUGAUGAGACGGCGAAGACGGGGUGUGCGUAUAUGAAGCUAAAGUUUGAUGACAAGGGGAAGAUGAGGGCGGAGACAGUUAAGGAAUCUGCUGAAGAUUCUUUGCUUAGCUCUGAGUUAAAUCUUCAUGUGCUGAAAGAGGCAAAAAUGUUUCAUUUCAACUCAGAAGUCCUUACAUCUCCUUCUAUGCAUGCAAGUCUGUUCAAGGCAAUAUCAUUGUCCAAAAAGUCUGGUAGCCUAAUAUUUUUCGACUUGAAUCUACCAUUGCCAUUAUGGAAAUCACGUGAUGAGACAAAGAAAGUGAUCAAGAAAGCCUGGGAACAAGCAGAUGUCAUUGAGAUUACUAAACAAGAGCUUGAGUUUCUGCUAGAUGAAGAUCAUUAUGUGAGAAGGAGAAAUUAUCGGCCUCAAUAUUAUGCUGAUGAUUAUGAGCAAACCAAAAACAGGAGAGACUAUUAUCACUAUGCACGCGAGGAAGUCUCUCCAUUGUGGCACCCUGGUUUAAAGUUUUUGUUUGUUACAGAUGGAACACUUCGGAUCCAUUAUUAUUCUCCUACUUUUGACGGUGUUGUGGUUGGAACGGAAGAUGUACUCAUUACCCCUUUCACUUGUGAUAGAACUGGUUCCGGGGACGCUGUUGUGGCUGCUAUAAUGAGAAAGCUGACCACACAGCCUGAGAUGUUCCACGAUCAAGAUGUUUUGGAGAGGCAAAUCCGUUUUGCAAUUGCAGCAGGAAUAAUAUCACAGUGGACAAUAGGUGCAGUAAGAGGUUUCCCGACAGAAAGUGCUGUACAAAAUCUGAAAGAACAGGUUUACGUGCCUUCAAUGUGGUGAAGUGUGUAUCUGUAAAAUAGCAUAUUUGCAACCUGUGUUGUAGAUUAGAACUCUAGUUGAUCAAAAUAUUUAACCUGAUGAGGUUGGAUAAUUUUGUGUUGUAGUAAUCAUUAGUUAAUAGAAACCUUGAUAGGGUUGAUGAAAUUUUUGUGGUAAUGAAUAGCAUAGUACUCUUUCAAUA